GCCAAACAUGGUUUGUUAAACGGAACCAAACAAGAAAAAAACAAGACUGCGCGUGCGCGGAUGUCAGACGGCCAAAAUGGCGGCGAGUAACGGCGUCGGAAUGGAGGUGGACGCGACAGCGAGCCCCAGUGUGAUGGCGUCUGGUGUAACAGGCAGUGUGUCUGUGGCGUUACAUCCGCUCGUCAUCCUGAACAUCUCAGAUCACUGGAUCCGAAUCCGCUCGCAGGAGGGACGAGCCAUUCAGGUUGUCGGCGCUCUGAUCGGAAAGCAGGAGGGCAGAAACAUCGAGGUCAUGAAUUCAUUCGAGCUGCUGUUUCACAACGUAGAGGAUCAAAUUCACAUCGAUAAAGAGUAUUACUACACAAAAGAAGAGCAGUUCAAGCAGGUUUUUAAAGAAAUGGAGUUUCUGGGCUGGUACACGACUGGCGGCGCUCCUGACCAAUCAGAUAUCCACAUUCAUAAGCAGGUGUGUGAGAUCAUCGAGAGUCCGCUGUUCUUGAAGCUCAACCCCAUGACCAAACACACCGACUUGCCAGUCAGCGUGUUUGAGUCUGUGAUUGACAUCAUCAGUGGAGAGGCGACUAUGCUCUUCGCUGAGCUGCCGUACACACUGGCCACAGAAGAGGCCGAACGCAUCGGAGUCGAUCAUGUCGCGAGGAUGACGACCACAGGAUCAGGAGAAAACUCUACAGUGGCGGAGCAUCUGAUCGCUCAGCACAGCGCUAUAAAGAUGCUGCACAGCCGCGUGAAGGUCAUUCUGGAGUACGUCAAAGCCGUUCAGGCAGGUGAAGUCCCGUUUAAUCACGAGAUCCUGCGGGAGGCAAACGCUCUGUGUCACCGUCUGCCUGUUCUCAACACACACAAGUUCAAGACCGACUUCUAUGAUCAAUGUAAUGACGUUGGUCUGAUGGCGUAUCUGGGCUCCAUCACCAAAACCUGCAACAGCAUGAAUCAGUUCAUCAACAAGUUCAACGUCCUGUACGACCGGCAGGGCAUCGGCCGGCGCAUGAGGGGCCUGUUCUUCUGAAUGCUCAAUCCUCGACUCUCUCUGAUCAUAUUCUCGUUUCUUUCUGAACGUUACUGCUGUUUGAAAAAUAAACAUGAUGUCUUUGCGCGA